CUAUGCAUGAGUUUUUCCUGGUACCAUGUUUUGUUAUGUGCCUGAAUUUUUCUUUUUCAGAGAUUGGAAUGGGCCUAACAGGCUUUGGAGUGUUUUUCCUUUUCUUUGGAAUGAUACUCUUCUUUGACAAAGCUCUUCUGGCUAUUGGAAAUGUUUUAUUUGUGGCUGGCUUGUCUUUUGUUAUUGGUUUAGAAAGAACAUUUAGAUUCUUCUUUCAAAAACACAAAAUGAAAGCAACGGGCUUUUUCCUGGGUGGUGUGCUCAUAGUUCUCAUUGGUUGGCCUUUAAUAGGAAUGAUCCUUGAAAUUUAUGGGUUCUUCCUAUUAUUCAGGGGGUUCUUUCCUGUGGUGGUUGGCUUUAUUAGAAGAGUUCCAGUUCUUGGCUAUCUCUUGAAUUUACCUGGUAUAAGCUCGCUUGUAGAUAAAGUUGGAGAAAGCAACAACAUGGUAUAAUGGCAAGAGGGCAGAAGACUGAUUCUAAACUUAUUGUAUUAUUUAUAAAAUCCUUUUGAAGAAUACUCAGCACAAAGAUUAAGUUGUGUACAAAGGAAAAGCUUGUUACAUUCUUUACAUAACAGUUUAAUUUAAAAUGUAUAGUCAACAAUAUACAUUAGAAAAGAAGCUCAGCAAGUAUGCUUCUAGGAAAGUAACUCCAGAGUUCAGGAAGUAAACUGAAGAGGUGGAAGUCAUGGAAUAACCCGUGUUACAGUUGUUCAAGACUACUUUCGCUGGGUUUGGAAAACAUGCUAGAGGCAAUGAACCCAUGUUGAAUUAAUGGAGCCUGUACUUUACCUCCUUAUUUUGAAGGUGCAGUAAACUGGCAUACAUUUUUAAGGGUGACCCAAACUUAAACAGCCCUCUGCUUGCUAUCCUCAGAGUGCAAAAAAACCCAGAAAACUUUUUGUGUAAUGAGAUGCGUCUUUGCAUGAAGGUUAAGAUGACUGUUCAUCUUUAAGUGUAUUAUGGGAAAAAAAAGGAAACCCUACACGGUUCUGUUGUAAACAUUUUUGUAAAUACAUGGCUGAAAUAAAACAUUGUUAUCUUAAUGUUUCAAAGCCAAAUGUAAGUUGAUUGUAUUUGCCUUCUGUUUCGGAACAUGCAAAAGGUCAAUCUUUAAUAACUUCAGUCUCAACUGUUGGUUCUGAACAUGUAGAGUUCAACAGGGAACUCUGGAAACUGACUUGCACUCCUUCUGGUUUGUUCUCCUUCAGUCGUGUUACAUGUGCAUCUGGAUGAGAAUGUAGCCCCCUUGUCACUAACAUGAAAACUUUGUGAAAUAUGCUUAGUUCACAGAAAAAUGCAUUUGGUUAAGGUGCUGACAUGAACCCUGUGAAAUGUAUCUUACCAAACUUAAACCUUUGUUUUUAAAUAGUUUGAAGCUAAGGUUUCUUUGUUUACUCUGGAACUACAAAUUGACUUUUAUUUUUUACAGUAAUAAAAUGAAAACUUAAAAUUCUGUGUAUGUGAGUCUUUGGGGAGAAAAUUUUGCUAAUGGGGCUAACUAAAGAUCAAGUGCCAAUCUCCAUAUGUUUUGUAACUUGUUGCUUGGGUUAUCUUCAAAUAACUUAAAACUUCUAUCAGUCACAGCAACAACUUUGCUGUUGUAGAGAUUCUUGGCUAAUCUGGAAUAAAUGUCCCCUAUUAAUGCAAGGGUCACACUUCUGCUUCUGUUGGAAUGUUAAACCUUGUGCACUUAAUAGUAUCCUCACCUAACAAAACAUGAUCAUUAAGUAAAUUUUAUUUGUGGAGGCUUUGGGAGUUUCUCCUGAUUUUUAAUUUUCUUUUCCCUUGAAUGUAAUCCUAAAAAAAUUACCGAAAUGCAAUUGUAGUAUUUCAAGUAGUUAUGUAGUCUUAAAGGUCUAAUGACUGUUUAGUGGUGUUUUUUCCUUUUUCUUUAUUAUGCAGUUAAAAUUGGUAUUUUUCCAAAAUAACUUCUAAGAAGAAUCAUCAUAUACCAACCCUUUUGGAAGUUGCUACAAAGUUUAUUUGUACAAGAUGUGUUUUAUUUUCAUUACAACUGUAAAUAGCCACAGUCUACUAUUCCCAAUGUUUAAUUUGCUUUUUCUCAAACAGGCACAAAGUGAUUCUAUGAAAAAAUGCUGUUAUAUGUAGAAUGAAUAGCAUCUGCAAAGUCAGUGGUUUUAAUUUAUAAAUGACAAAAAAUGGCUAUAUUUGCCUGAUGGCAUGCAUGUUGUAGUUUACAGACAGGACUACAUACGACUUGCGGCUUCUACCUCAAGAGAUGAACCAAUUUUAACUGCUCCUGUAGAUCUGUUGUGUGUUAAAAUGCCUGGAGAAUAACACUACAGCAGUUUAGCAAACUCAUCUUGUUUGUUUUGGUAGAGCACUGGUCUGUACUGUGGGAGUCAAAUACUGUUUAAAGCAGACCAUGUUCAUCAUCAGACAUUAGGAGUCAGCUACCUGAAGAUUUUUUUUUUUCUUGUCUUUUGAAAAGUAAUGUGAUGGAAAAGGUGGAUUGCACCAUGUGACUAUGGAGCUCUGACUGAAAGCAAAUUGCUCGGUAAGCUGAAGUACCUUCAACAAGAAAUCCAAUGAUACCUUUCAGAGGCAAUGAAUGUGUUGCAGUGUAUGGUCUUUCAGCCCUCUGAAGUGCCGGGAUGCAGUUCAUCUUGCUUUUAUUUAAUUUGUUGUUUUAAAUCAAAAGUCAGUUUUUGUCAGAUGUGAACUGUUGUGAAAAGCGUCUGAGGGAACAAAAUUAUAUGUUGAAUUUAGCAUAGUCUUUAUCCCUCAAGGUAAUGUUGUCUUUGAGACAGUUUUGCCAAGAUAAAUGUGGGUGGCAGCAAAGGUCAAAAUGACUUUUAGCCUUAAAGU